CUCCAUCUACAAAACCACCAUUUGUAUCAAAGACAUCGGUUACCAACAGUUACAUAUCUACUUCAUCAUUACUGCGAGCGCCGCGAUCAAACCAGACUACAACGCCAAAACAAACAUACCAUCCGACAAAAAACCGAUUCCACCACACCAUACAGCACGCAUGUCGUUCUUCCCAAUCAUACCUUCGACAUCACUCCACAGCUCCAUCCUCGCUCUCCCGCCACCCCACCACGACCACAACCACAACCACGACCAAACCCCCACCCACCACGCCAUCCACAUGGACCACCUCCCAUCCCUCCUCUCCCACCUCCUCGCACCCGUAUCACACACGCAAUGCACAUCCUCAAUGCCUUGCUCAACACCCCCACCUCUUAGCGAGUCUCACCCACAUCAAGAGGAGCGUAAAGAAAGGGAAACACACAUAAUCCGCCUCGCCGAAGAAGAAGAGCUCGCACGCCUACAGCAUGGAGAGCAAGACGGUACGCCGUUGUGUCGCGAGGAAGGGAUAGCGACGUGGCAUCAACAUCAGCAUCAGUAUCAGCAUCAACAUCUCGAGAGGAACGAUUCGAUGGAAGCACAGAAGAAGAGUAGGAGGGGGAGUUUGGAGUGGUUGGCGGGUGUUAUUAAGGAGAGGAAGGGGCAUGCAUGAGGAGAUUCAAAUCAAGUUUUUCUUUUUCUUUUUCGGGGAAACUGGAAGUCAGGAUGACAAGGGUGAUGAGGGAGGAAGGAAGGAAUACCAGGUUCGAUUUAAGAUGGAUAGGAGAGAUACCCAGAUGGGAAGGAAAGGAAGAACAGAGUGGUGGUUCUUCAAACUUUUAUUUUUAUUUUUUAUAGCUAGUUAGUUGGAGUGAAUUGAGUUUAAAUGUGAAACGUC